AUGUUGGAGGCAGAGCUGCAGUCGCGGAAAGCACAGCACGACGCCCAGCUCAAGCAAGAAUGGGACAGACUACGGGAAGAAAAGGAACGCGUGCAAAAAUUGAGCCAACAACGAAGUCAACACCAACAAAGACAUCAUUAUCAAAUCGCCACCAGUUCCGAGGACGAUUAUUCGCCCAGGCUAAAACAUCGGAGUACAGGAAAUCCAGAUGCAAUCAGAAGUCACAAUUAUCUACCUCGAACUGAUAUGAAAAAAUUAGAGCGAAUCUUCGACAUUUUUCCCGAUCUUCUGGGAGCUGGAAAUUUCGCUGACGUACGGCGCGCAAUAAACAGAGAAAGCGGCCAAGAACAGGCGCUGAAAUUUAUCAAGAAAUCCAAAGUCCAAGAUAGGCUUCACGUUGACAACGAGAUCGGCAUUAUGCAGCGGUGCAAUCAUCAAAAUAUUAUACGACUUUAUCAAUUCUUUGAACUUCCCAAGUCUUUCUGCCUGGUCCUUGAGUACGUGAAUGGCGGCGAUUUAUUUGAUGCAAUUCGAGAAGCGAAGCGGUUCACGGAGGUCGACGCGGGGAAGAUAAUCAAAGAUGUGGUCGCUGCUCUGGUUUUUCUACACGACCGUCAGUAA